CUGCCCACCGGAACUAGAGGUGCACUUGACACAUACUGUACAUUUCAUCGCAACAAUGGCAAUAGCACGCGUUGCUACCGAAUAUGUGUUUUCUGAUUUUUUGUUGAAAGAGCCGAGUGAUUCUAAGUAUAAAGGCGUGCGGCUGGAACUGGCAACAGACAAACUGGUCUGUUUUAUCGCGGUUGGGCUUCCUUUGUUAUUCAUCUCACUCGCCUUUGCACAAGAAGUCUCUGUGGGUUCUCAGAUCACAUGUUUUCCCCCAACUAAUUUCACACUGAGGCAGGCUGCAUAUGUGGACUCCUUCUGCUGGGCUGCAAUAGAGCAUCACCCUACAGAAAAUGGGGCAGAUAGCACCCCUCUUUAUCUACACAAGUUCUUUCCUUAUAUCCUUCUGCUGGUUGCCAUCCUCAUGUAUAUUCCUGCUCUCUUCUGGCGCUUCACGGCUGCCCCUUCCCUAUCCUCUGACCUCAGUUUUAUCAUGGAGGAACUCGACCGUUGCUACAACCGUGCAAUCCGCCUCGCCAAGAGCCUCACAUCCAAACAAGACAAGGACAUUGCAGAAGACCCACACAGUGGUCUUGAAAUGACUGAAGCUUGUUUUAAGUACCCUCUUGUAGAGCAGUAUUUAAAGACAAAGCGUGCAUCGUGGGCUUUGGCUGCAAAGUAUCUGCUUUGUCGGGUUUUAACAUUCCUCACUUUACUGCUGGCCUGCUUUUAUCUGACCUACUACAUCUUUUGGGUUUCACCUAGUGAUCAGUUCUCCUGUAACCUGCGCAGAGGUAUAUUAGUAAAUGAGAGUGCGGUGCCAGAUGCAGUUCAAUGUAAGCUGGUGGCAGUGGGUGUUUUCCGCCUGCUAAGUUGCAUGAAUCUGGUGGUGUAUUUACUUUUAGUACCAGCCGUGGUUUACACUGCCUUCCAACCUGCACGCCAGCACCAGCGUGCUCAGUUCCUCCGUCCAUACCACCUACUGCCUGCGUUCGGUCACGUGCUGGAUUUGCAGCCUACAACUCGCCGUUAUGAUGACCUCAGCAUCUACCUGCUGUUCUUGGAGGAAAACCUGAGUGAGCUCAAGAGCUACAAAUGUUUACAGGUGUUGGAGCUGCUGUCAGAGGGAGGGGAAGCAGCAUUUGACACCAUGUGUCUCCUCAGGACACUAGGACAAGUGAGGACUGACAUGGUGGACAGAAAACAAGCUCAAACUGUAAAGGGUAAUGCAGAGAAAGAAAUCGCUGAAAUAAAGGAUGCCACUUCUGUUCUGCUGGAUGAUGGAGUACAGAUGGAAAAAAGUUGCAGCUGUGUGAAAGACGUAAGACACAGGGUGGUCUAACAUAUAACAAAGUCAAAUCAAAUGAGUUUACAUGUAUUUUGAAUAUAAAGGAAAUGUAAGAUUACAUAAUGCUUGAAUAUAACACUUUACUAAUUCACUAACUGCUAACCUUUGUGGGUACAGUGAUGUUGCAACAAUGAAUCUAAAUAAUAAUUAAUAUGCUAAUGUUAGAAUACUAACAACACACUUCUGCUAAUGUUGCUUCUUGGUAACAAACCAUUUAAGCAAUUCCUCUUAACAUACUAAUAAUUUCCAUAAUUAUAGAAUGAUUGCAUGGUGAGUAAUGUGAACAAAAAGUCAUCAAAAUUUUCUCUUCAUUAUAAACCAUCCAUUGCUAAUCUUAUAUGGAUCAUGUACUCACAAAAUGAAGAAAUUGGGGUGCAGAAAAGAUGGUGUUUCCCUGAGGCAACAUCAUAGUUAAGAUAGAAAGGAUGUGUUCAUUGUAAUCUAAAUGAUUGGAAAUUAUUUUUUGUGUGCAAACCAAGAUUAAUUAGGCUCUAUUUCUAGAGGUAGUGAUGCACUGCCUAUGCAAAAGCAAUAAUCAAAUAUACAAACUAUUAUGUAUGAUAUGUAUAAUUAUAUUUCACUGUUUUUAUGUUAAAUAUUUUGCAGUUUUAUAUUUAUUUGAUACAGACAAAUAAACAAAUAAUUGUUUUAUGUUUUCUAACCUUAAAGGGGGUCAUCGGGUGCCCAUUAUUAUAUGGAUGCCCAUAAGUUUAUUUGAUUUUUUUAGAGUCUUAAUUAAAAGUCUAUAACAUUCUUUGGCUAAAAUUUCUCAAAAGUAGUGUAGAAAACACAAUUUUUACCCGGUCAAAAUCAGCUCUGUUUUCAGCACGCAGUUCUAGUCCAUGUUGCUUUAAAUGGUAAUGAGCUCUGCUGACCCCGCCCCUCUCUUCUGUGAAAAACCAUUAUACUCACUUCUUCUGUAGAUGAAGCUGGAUCACGAAUGAUUCACCUGGACAUAAAUGCAGAUAGGCAGAUCAGGGAUCGGUGCAUCUCUUUCAAAAUGAAAGUAAUGUUAAUCCUCUGGGUCUUCAGCGGCUCAGAUGUCGGGAGUAUGAGGACUGUUAUGUACAUUAUUACAUCCAACAACACAACAUCUCAAUCGCUUAAUCUGAGACAUUCGUGUCUUCCCCUGCACCUGAGUCGACACAUGGACAGCUCUCCACUCACUCAGGGCUGGUCUUGAGGUAAUAUGGACCUGUCAAUCAACUAUUGUGGGAGGGGCCAGUGCAGAACUACCUCAUUCUUUUUAUCAUUAUAGGGUGGAUCUGUGAACACACUUCCAACACACAGACAACAACAAAAGUGAAUUUUGCAUCCGAUGACCCCUUUAAAUCCGUCAGAGAUGUUAAACUGCAUGUCUUUAGAGGUGAUCUCUUUAAACAUGGUGCUUGUAACCCUAAUAAAAGAUUUUAAUGGACUCCAUUCAGGGAUAUACAAUACAGGCUUGUAAUGUAAUAAAACCACUACAUUUCCCCCAUG